CCGGCCGUCGCUCCGCUGACGGGGCAGCCAUGGAGCCGGCCUUGCGGCUGAGAGCGGGUGUCUCCAAACAGGAAAUUCGUGAAAAGAUUUGGGAUUAUAUGGAAGCACAAAAUAUAGCUGACUUUCCAAGGCCUGUCCAUCAUAGGAUUCCUAAUUUCAAGGGGUCUUAUGAGGCCUGCCAAAAUAUCAGAGAGCUAGAAGCCUACUCCGGAAUGCAGGAAGUUAAAGUGGAUCCUGAUAAACCUUUGGAAGGAGUUCGACUAAUAGUACUACAGGGCAGAAAAACUUUGUUAGUUCCUACGCCACGAUUGAGAACGGGAUUAUUUAAUAAGAUUGUCCCACCACCAGGAGCAACAAAAGAAAUCCUGAGAAAAUGUGCCACUUCUCAGGGUGUAAAAAACUACAGCAUACCCAUAGGUUUGGAUUCCAGAGUCCUAGUGGAUUUGAUAGUGGUGGGAUCAGUGGCUGUUUCUGAAAAAGGAUGGAGAAUUGGGAAGGGAGAAGGUUAUGCCGACAUGGAAUAUGCAAUGAUGGUAUCCAUGGGAGCAGUCAGGGAGGAGACACCAGUAGUAACGAUCGUGCAUGACUGCCAGGUGGUUGAUAUACCUGAAGAGCUGCUUGGUGAGCAUGAUCUAACUGUGGAUUACAUCCUCACUCCCACCAGAGUGAUUGUGACCGGCUGCACGAGGCCGAAGCCACAGGGCAUUAUAUGGUCCAUGAUCAGUGACGAGAUGAUGAAAAGAAUCCCAAUCUUAAAGAAUCUUCAUUUCCGAGAGAAGAAAGCAGGGAAAGACAUCACCUUACAGAAGGAACACUUGGCACAUUUGAAAACCAGCCACAGGUGAGCACACCUCCAGAACCCUGGCCAGACAGCCUCCAUCAGACCUCUGGACAUGGCCCAUUCUUCCCAUCUGGACGAUGAGCGCAUAACUUCGAAAACAGAAUCCUCCACUGUCACCACUGUUUAUGUGGGUAACAUUCCUCAGGAUGCUAGAGUGAGCGAUAUGAAGAGAACUCUUAGGGAAUGCGAUGCAGUGCCUUUGAGGCUGAAUUGGCAAGGAGCCCAGGGCAGGGCUUUCCUUGAUUACAAGGACCAGGUGACUGCGGAGGGUGUCGUCUCCUCCUUAAAAGGCUUAAGCUUUAGUGGGAAUACUUUGUGGGUCAACUUAGCAAAGAAGCAGAAGUGAUGGGACGGUCAGUGGUGAAGGGGAAAGCACGCCCUUUCUUAUUGUGUUGUAAAGGUUCUUCAGACAUUUAAACAGUUUUACUCCUUUGAUAGUCAGUGAUAUUGGAGGUCUGUGUGUCCGAAUCCCAAGGCCAGAGUACUCUGUGACUCCCUUUCUGUUCUUGGAGAGAUCACAUUACCACUUGGUAGAAGAAUUGAAGUACCACUCGGUACUUCAUACUGAAGUGUCUCAAGCAAUAAAUAGGAGAAGGUUAGGAUGUCCUGGGGGUUAUUAAAUUUUAAUUAAUGCCUACCAUUUUUCUGAUGACUGGAAUAUAAAGCAUAAAAAUCACUGGUUGUCCAUUCAGAGAGACUGAAAACCGUCCUUCACUCAAGAGAAGAAAAUUUACCUUAAAUCUGAAUAUCGAAAAGGCAUUAGGGGUUGAGGGAGGCCGGGAUGAGGAAACAAAUGGUGUCAGAUGGUAGCAACAACAGCCCUCAGGUAAUCCUAGAAAGACCAAGGGCAAGUUGGGAGAAGGAGUAGACAGACUGGGUAGAGCCAAGCUGAAUUGGAUCUUUGCUGUGACAUUGCUGGUGUUUACAUCAGCGGGCCAGUUCUACCCAUCCUUUACCUGGAUCAUCUUGCUAGCCCCCCCGCACCCCGGCUUCCUCUGCAGGCCUGAAGAUGCCAGCUAGAGAGCUAAGCUUAUGUGUGUAAUUAGACAGGAAAGGUUGAGUCUUUAUAGGGAGAUAGGGCUUUAAAUAAUAGGUUUUGAAAAAAUAAUAAUAACAACAGAACCCUUCACAUACACAUGCUUGCUUAAUACCUCAUGAUAUUUUCUCUCCAGUUCCCUGUUCCUGAAAAACAAGCCGGAUUUUGGCUGAACUGUACUUUCUAAACAGAAGCACUUUUGCAGUUGAUCCUGGGCAGAAAGUCAAAACAAGCAUCUAGAGGGAGAUUUUAUUAUUAUUUUUUAAAUGUAUAUGAGUUGGAAAGGGUUUUUCAGCCAGAGGGUAUUGCUAAGUGUAUUUUAAGUAGAUUAUUAUGCCUCCAGAGGGUCAGGCCUUUCAUACAGCAUUGAAUAAACAUUCUCAAACCUAUCAAGUUUUCCCUAAGGGGAGAAAAAAAGCUUAAGAAGUAUUUUGUCUCCAUUUUUAUAAUAAACACAAAGAAGAUGCUUUGGAAAGAAAAUAGGUCCUCGAAUUAUUUUCAUCAUCAAAUAUUGAGUUCUUUUCCUGGUUUUCCUGGAUAAAAUGAAGGGAGGUAAAUCUAUUGAUUCAGGUUCUGGUGUCCUUUUAAAGAAGGUGAUCGUAGUAGUUUACCGGACCAUUGCCUCGUGAUCACAAAGUGCAUUCACAUUUCCUGUUUUAUUAUUACAACAAGCAUCCCUUUGAAAGUAGGAAGGCAGAAACCAUUAUGUCCCUUUUGAGACCCAGAAAGUUGAAGUGACUUGUCCAUGGCUCUUAAAUCUCCAGGACUCCAAGGCCUACACUCUCCCCAUUAUACAAACUCCAUUCAAAGAAGUUUAGUCACAUAAACAAGGUAUUCAGGGCCUUCUCAUUCCAAAAAGAGGAUCCUGGGUUCUCAGGACUCUUCCAACUGUAGCCUCAGGCAGCUGACGUCCAUCCAGGUGGAAACCUACCGGUCUGGACUCGGCAACAGUUUGCUGUCUAGGGGUCAGCCAAGACAGCUAUGGAGACACCAGUCUCUGCUAAGUCAACCACUAUGAAAGGAGAUAUUUGCCCAUAGCAACCCCUUUCCUGCCUAUUAGAUAUCUCCACUCCAGGACAUCAGUGGUAUGGUGAAUAGAAUGCUGGACCUGGAUUCAGGAAGACAAGUUCAAAUCAAACUUCAGAUACCCACUAACUGUAUGACGCUGGACAAGUCACUAAACCUCUGUCAGCCUCAAUUUCCUUAUCUGUAAAGUGAGAGUAAUAAUAGCAUCUGCCUCCCAGGGGAGCACCAGAUACGAUAAUGUACACAUAGCACUUUAUAAACCUUCAAACACUAUAUAAAUGCUAGUUAUUAUUAUCAUUAUUCAUAUUCAUGUGGGUGCCUAGUUUUAAUUUUCUUUAAUGUUAUGCUUUAGAUUUAAGUAAAAAUUGCAUUUUCCCCAACCUGAUUGCUGUAUAACUGGCACAAUAAAACAAAAAUGAAGGGAAUCACAGCUUUGCCUUUCCUGGAAAUAAAUACAGUUUUGAGGUUUCCCUCUAGUAGCAGAGGCAGAUAGCACCCUUUGCUCACAAGCCCAAGCCUCUUGCUACCUUCUAUCAGGUAGCCCCCUCCAUCUCCACAGCUGAAGAGUUGUCACAUUCACCUCAAACAUGAGAAACUUUUCAGCCCAGCAAAGUCACCCCCUAGCAUAAAUCCCAUGGUAAUUUGAGCAGAUCCUUGUUUUAGGAAAAUAGUGGUAACCACGGUUUUUGCAUUAUAACCAGCUGGCAUUCACAUAGCAGUGACUCAGAAACUGAUGUGGAUUUUUUUUUCCUCUUAGUUUACUGCCUUGCAUAAGAAAAAAAAGAGGUUUUAGUAAAAGUUAGGCUUUUAUGCCCAGCACAUAGGACCCUUAUUAAGUGAUUUUUUAAAAAGAUUUUAUAGAAUACUUGAUAAAGUGUUUUCAUUUAUGUUAUCUCAUUUAACCUUCACAUCAAUCCUGUGCAUGGGGCAAAGCAAUAGCAUCCCUAUUUUAAAUGUGAGGAAUCUUGGGCGCAAAGUGAUGGAAGUGACUGUCUCAAGGCCACACAACUACUUGAAACUCGAACCCAGAUCUUUGUCCUCGGGCUUCUCUACUUUUGUCUGCCGCAUUCCCUCAGAAUACGUCCCACCAGAGUGGUGUCAUGUUAAAAGGAGAAAGGAUUCAAUGGAACUUAUUUUAAAAGCUUUUCUCCUCCUCCCUCCCUUUGGGAAUCUUCUGUAAGAAACACUUCUAUAUCUGCAUUGCUUGCCUCUACCCAUAUCUAUUGUCAUCCUGUGACUUGUUCUGUUUCUACCAAAGAGAAUCUGUUAGUGAGACAGCAUGGUGUGACUGGCACGUAGUAGGUGUUCAAUAAAUGUGGAUUGGAUUGGAUUAAAUAGUAUGGUGCCAAAUGUUCUAGACUGGGAAUUGGUAGACCUGGAUAGGAAUUCUAGUUCUGACACUUAGGGAGAAGUCACUUCUUUCUCUGAGCCCUGGUUUUCUCAUCUGUAAAACAGACAUGGUAGUAAAAUUUGUAAACCUAAUAAUAAUAGCUAGUAUCUAUGUAGUGCUUUAAAAUAAUAUUUACAAAUAUCUCAUUUUAUCCUUGCA